GAUCACAGCAGCAAGCCUAUGGGAAAACACAGCAGCAAUCUAUAUCAAAUGUGUAUUGGUCAGGCAAAGUGGCAAUCUUGAGGGACUCUAGCCAUUUUCAGUUGUCAUUUUUGGGCAUUAUACUGUAUAUUAGAAUGCCGCCAAAGUACAAACAUACGAUUGUCUGUGUCAUCAACCGUUCAUGCUGUCACAGCGAUUGUGUAAAGUCUGGUUGAGGAGGAAUCACAACCGUUUCUUGAAAAACUGAAUGUUGUAUAACGGUCGCGUCGUGCUGGUGCAGUGCGAACUCCUCCCAGAGCCAGCCAACAUUUUCAAGAAUCCCAUGGCGGAAACAAAGGGUGACGAUACCAAUACCAUUACCGCUGUAGACUACCUGUUACAGCAGGAGCAGCUCGUUCUUGAAGCUUCAGAGGUUCUACCGGGAGUAAUAGAUCGGUGCUCCUUUAACGACGGAUAUUUGCGGCAAAAAGUGUAUGCUUGCAAAACAUGCCAAGCGUCCGGUGACCGUGCAGCUGGUGUAUGCUAUGGAUGCUUUGUCUCUUGUCAUACAACGCAUGAAGUUGUCGAACUCUUUUAUAAAAGACAUUUUCGAUGUGAUUGCGGAACCGCGGCAAUGCCAGGAAAAUGCUCUUUGCAGAAGAAAGACGGGGCAAAUAACGUUGAGAACACAUACAAUCACAAUUUUGCCGGAGAGUUCUGCUACUGCAAUACUCCUUACGACCCGGAGACGGAAGAGGGAACCAUGUACCAAUGUAUUAUAUGUGAAGAUUGGAUGCACGAUCGAUGCAUCGGAAAGGACUUGGAUGAUGAAGUGUAUUCCUCAUACGAUUACAUCUGUCGCAAUUGUGUUAGCAGACUUCCUUUCAUACGGAAAUAUUUCGAUUGCCCAAGGUUUCUCUUCAUGGAAGGAUCAGUAAACGAGGAAACGAAAGUCACCGAUCCAUCGAUUCAGACUAAACGCCCGAGACAUGAUGACGAUGAACAUGUUGCUCCGAGCAAAAGACUGCGUCUAGAGGCAGAGGCCACGGGGGAAACUCUAUGCCUAAUUGCAGAUAAGGAAGUUCCACCGGUCCAAAACGCGUCUGUACCCGACCUAUUUUGCAAGGAGGGCUGGCGUGAAGAGUUGUGUCAAUGCAAGCAGUGUCAAGCUAUCUACAUCGACGAAAAUGUGUCCUUCAUUACACUUGAGGAAGAAACAUUUGAACCAGAAGAAGAUUUAGAUGCAGAUGAGUCCAUCCACGAUAUGGGAUUGAAAAGACUCAACAGCAUGGAUCGAGAAAUGGCCAUCAAUGGUGUAUUGGCCUAUCAGAAAAUGAAGGAGGAUCUGAAGAAUUACCUGAAGACUUUUGCAGAGUCCAAGCAAACGGUGACAGCUGACGAUAUUCGACAAUAUUUUGCGGACAAAUUGGAGGAACGAAAGGCAAAGUCCUGAUGGAGAGUGUCCGUAAAUAAUAAGACAGGGUCUUUGUUUGUAAUGGCUGCGCACUCGAUUGUAAUAUGACCGUAAAUGGAAGUGCAAUUUGUUUCUUUUUUGGAUGGACCAA